GUACAGAUACGGAGUUCUGUCGAAAUGAGUGUGAAUAUGUUUUUGAUAAAGGAAGAAAUUGAUAUAGAUGACUCGAAGAUGAAGGUGGGGGAAGGAGAGGAUAGACAAACAGCAUCGCAAGCAAUCCAGUCUCCAUGUGAACCAAAAUCUAAGCGCAGAAGAGAAAAUGAAACAAAAAGAUGGACGUAUGAGGAAAUUCGUAAAAUACUGGAAUACAUGAAGCUAUAUAGAAACGUAGAAAAACCAACUGCCCAAAUUUAUUACACAAAGCUCAUACAAAAACUGAGAAUCAAGUGCACGUGGCACACACUGAGGUGUAAAAUGCGGUACAUGAGGCAGUUGCUGCUUAAGGCGAACGCACUUCGUAACUCCGCUGGUCCGGGCUUAGAGGACGGAGAUGGUGAAAUACAAUUAUUAUUAAAGGAAAAGAUAAUGAAAAUGUGCCCCCAUUAUGACCAGCUUUUAAGCGUGUUUGGCCCUGAAAAAGAUUUAAAACCUCUAGUCCUGCAAACGACGCCUUUCAGCGACAACUGUAAUGAGUCGAGUGACUGCGAAACGUCUACCUUGCCAAGCGGAACCGACGAAGUACCUGCGGACAACUCUAGGUCCGACUAUGGCGAAUACCCAAUCCAUGAACCAACAAGCUACCUGGAGGAAUUCAAUGAGACACCGCCCGAAGCAGACACAAUCGACCGGAUGUCAUGCUUAGAGGCUCAAAGAAUUGAACUGAUGGAGAAGCAGCUGACGCUUGAAACAGAAAAGUUUCGAUGGGCCAAGGAAAUGGAGGUGAAAAAAUUCGAGGCGAUGAGGGAGGCGGAAUCAAGAAGAAUAGCCAUUGAGGAGAGAAAGCUGGCGAUUGAGGAACGAAAACUACAAAACGAACAUGAGUUACGUAGACCUUCUUUCCAACAUUUAAUUGACAACUAG